AUGUUAGCUAACGGCAAAAGCAAUGGAGGACUUUUCUGCAAUUGGCAACUCGAAGAAGAGGAAGAAGGCUCGUUCCCAAGAGGGGAUACUACUGCGGAUGGGGACAUUACUCCAGUGGUAGACACUCCUGAUUAUUGGGUAUUUAAUCCAAGAAGUGAAAAAUUCAUCAAUAUUACUGGCAAGAAAUUCCCAAAAAUAUUGUUGGACGGAUGCAAACUGCUUGGAACCUCACGUGGCUGGGCAGUUUUCAUGAGCCACCCUGAUUCCACCAUACAUCUCACCCAAGUCCUUAAUCCUUGGUCCUCAGAGUCAUCUCCCAAAACCAUUACCCUGCCUCCAUUUACUGAUCACCUUGUUUUGCAUGCCGAAAUAGUCAGAAAUGUUUACUUGUCCACUUAUCUUCCCAACCAAGACGAUGAUUAUAUAGUGAGUUUCAACUUUUUUGGAUCCAAACUUUGUUACUGUAUGCCUAAUCGAGAUUCAAACUGGACGAUUAUCGACAUUUCUUUCUCCUGCGAAAUCAACUCUAGCAUCAUUUAUUCUCGGAAAGACCAGAUUUUCUACCUCCUCACUAAAGGAUGUGCCUACAUACAUGCUGCCUUGGAUCUCAAAAAGAAUAAGAAGAAUCCCAAAUUUAUGAGGUUUCAGUUUGGGGACUUCCCUUUGAUACCACAAUAUAUUUCUAAAAUUUCAAUCUUACCAACAUAA